AUGGAACUUAGGACGGAAAACAUCGGAAACCUUCAUACGGUUUCACAUUCUCAUCAAACGGACAAUUUGAUGAACUCUCUUCACACGAGACAGUCGGUGUCUCACCGUAACCUGGUGCACGGCCGGUCAUCCAUCAUGGUAUCUAGCAUGGCCUCGAUACUGGACGGGGCUGGGGAAUAUCGCCACGACCACUGUCUGUCCGCUCCUCUUCCCACAGCUAUGAGUAUGCCCUGCGAUUCUGGCGUAACCAUCAAUAGCACGUACACCACCCUGUCACCGCUACAGCACCUGCCUUCGAUAUCUACGGUAUCGGAAAAAUUCGCGCAUCACCACCAUUCGCACCCACAUCACGCGCAUAAUCAUCCCGCGCACCAGCGCCUGACAGCUGGAAACGUCAGCGGCAGCUUCACGCUUCUGCGCGAAGACCGCGGCUUGGCCUCCAUGGGCAACCUGUACACCCAUUAUCCCAAAGACAUUUCUUGCAUGGCACAGCCGCUCUCGCCGCUGUCCAACGGUUUAGGUACUUUGCACAACGCGCAGCAGCCUCUUGGCGCCUACGGUCAUGGUACUCACCUCUCCAACGACAAGAUGAUAUCGCGAGGAGGCUUCGAGACUCACACGGGGAUGCUAGGUCGGAGUGAUUUUGGGGGCCACGGUAGCGGAAUCACGUCCACUCUGAACAACCUACACCACACAGGUCAAUCACAUUUGUACUCUAAUGGAUCAAUGCUGUCGGAGCGCGACAGGCAUGAAGCCGGUAUCACUCAACAAGCAGUCGGAUCCAGCCAAGCAGAGGAGAUCAACACGAAAGAGGUGGCACAGAGAAUAACGGCCGAACUGAAAAGGUACAGCAUUCCGCAGGCUAUCUUCGCCCAGAGAAUAUUGUCUCGGUCCCAAGGCACGCUAUCUGACCUCCUGCGGAAUCCUAAACCCUGGAGUAAACUAAAAUCAGGACGGGAGACGUUCAGGAGGAUGUGGAAGUGGCUUCAAGAGCCUGAGUUCCAGCGCAUGUCAGCCCUUAGACUCGCAGCCUGUAAGCGAAAAGAGCAAGAGCAGCUAAAGGAACGUAGCACCAUCCCUAAAAAGCAGCGCCUUGUGUUUACUGACCUGCAGCGUCGUACGCUUAUUGCCAUCUUCAAGGAGAAUAAGAGGCCCAGCAAAGAAAUGCAGCUGACCAUUGCACAACAGCUGGGUCUGGAGCUCAACACAGUCAGCAACUUCUUCAUGAAUGCCCGGCGUCGCUGCAGUAACCACUGGCAUGAUGACCACCAGCAAGGUGACGGAAGCAGCCCAGGGCAGUCCAUCACUUCCACUGCCAAUUUUUCCAAAGCCUGAGGACAACAGCUUCCUCAAAGUUCUCCUCAAAUGUGCUAAUGUCCUUCAGACAUCAUACAUAGUGUGCCAUGCAAUCCCACUUGCCGCCAACAAUCAGCAAGAGUUUACAUCAGUGCAAUCUUUAAGCAAGAUAACAGGCAAAAACCACACACACAUGUGCCUGGAGUCAGGUGGCAUCUUCAAAGAGGCAUUUUGGACCCCCAGUGGCCUUGUUACAACAACAGUGUUCUACAAGUAACCCAAGGGUCAAACAACAAAGCAGCAACACACACAACCGUCAGCUCAGUGUCUAAGCAAGACUUUACUCUUCUUUUGCCACAGACUACUGCAAUUAAUUAAUAGCUGUUUAAUGCCACUUCUCAGAUCAUACACCAUAUUAAUGAAAGUGAGGAACUGAAGCAGAUGUCCUGAUUUCCACCAAAGUUUCACCCUUUACAGCCAUGAAAUUGCAGACAUGGCAUUUCAGCUUCUUUUGCACAGAGAUGGUAGCAUGCUCAGAGGACUUUUAACACCUCCCAUUAAUAGCCAAGAUCAGUUCUAACAGUACAGGAAAGCGCGGUCUCUGUAUUUACAAUCAGCACUUGACAACCAAAUCCUCCUGUGUGUCACAAUCAUUAUCCAGGAUCUGUAGGAUUAUACUGCCACCUGCUGAUCAUUAUAGUGCAUUGCUGCCAAAAUCAGUGAGUUAAUACUGAAAUUCUAUGAACCAAUUGAAGUAUGAUCUAGUCAUCAUCCUCGCACGUGGUAACUCUUGUUUCACGGGGAGAGCAGGCUGAUGGAUAGGAAGUACUAGAUGAUGAAUUUGGGGACACAAAAAAAUUGAGUGCAGUAUAGCAGGAAGGCUGUAAAACCUUGCAUUCUGUCUGUUUCAGACACUGUUGAAAUGUUGGGGACGAAUCUAACUUCCAGUUGAUGAUACAACAAUAUAAUAAGCAUAAAAAUACAACAUGAAAUGUUACAAAAAAAGAGUGCCAAUAAUACUUGCCUUAAUUUCUUUAAUCCUGGGAUCGGCAAUAAAUACCAAAUGAAAACAAUCAAUCACAAUUAGAUUUUGCUAUUUUAUGCCUAAAAACAUCCAAAUGACAAAAUAUUCCUUUUUAAAAUAUUUGAUACCUAAUGAAGGUAGUGAUUUGGUUUAGUUUUAGAACUUUCUUUCUAUGAUCUGUUCCACAUUAUCCAGCUCUCCUUUUCUUUGUAAUACUGAUGCGGGUAAUUCUCAUCACAUCACACAACAGUUCUGUUUCUUCAUUUCAUUGUCAUAUGGUGUGUAUACGUAAGAGAGUUUUUCAGACAAUGUGAUCCUCUAAGAAUGACAACACUUUAUACAGGGGUGAAAUGAAUUGAUAAUAAUAAUUGGACAGAAAAAGAAAAAGAGGUAGAAGCUCUUUUUCAUACGUUCACCUCUAGGAUGGGAACCGAAAUCACCACACCGGUAACGGCUUGAGGCAAACAAACAGGUGGCAAUAGUGGAUCAUUUCUGAACUACAGAACUGCAAAGAGACUUGAGACCAAGUUGCGAGCCUUAUAGGUGGUACUAAUCAGGCACAAUUUCAUGUGUACAUUAAAUCACUUUUUGUUUGCAUUGAGAACCUUCCUCACUGUGCUGGGUGCCUUAUUCCCCAGCCACUGAUACCAAAGAUUUUCUCCUUGCCAGUCUAGUCCAGUGUUGUCAAGGGAGGAUUAAAGAGCACAACCAUAUACACCAUAGAAAUUUUUACUUUCACUCAAAAACAGUGGGGUUAGACUGCAAAGUGCUACACUACAUACAGGAGAGGUGGCAAUUAUGCAGAAAGUUGAGUGCCUUUUUCCUUCAACUGCAGCUGGACUUACACUGAUCUAAAAUUU